CCUGUGACUCACUGCCGCCAUUUUGGUCGCGAAAAAAGUGACAGUGGUGACAGUUCGUAAUAGUAGUCUAAGAAAAUGCCGGUUAGGGUGGAUAUUACGCCUCCCCCGCCGGCUAACUCCAAGCAGCCAGGUGUAACAAAGUCCCUUCUGUAUAAUGGAUCGAAAUUCCAGGGUUUCCAGAAGUCCAAGGGCAAUUCGUACGAAGUGGAAGUGGUUUUACAGCACGUAGAUGAAGAGAAUUCGUACUUGUGUGGAUAUUUACAAAUAAACGGGCUUACUGACGAGUACCCGACACUCACGACGUUCUUUGACGGGGAAAUUAUUAGCCAGAAGUACCCCUUUCUUACUAGGAAAUGGGACGCCGAUGAAGACGUCGAUAAGAAGCACUGGAGCAAAUUUUCUUCCUUUUCGCAAUACGCCAAAACUUUCAACUCGGACAACUUCGAUUAUAAGGCGCUCUCUGACACGGACUACGUUUUUAUGCGGUGGAAGGAGCACUUCCUGGUGCCGGAUCACACCAUCAAGGAUAUCAGUGGCGCCUCGUUCGCCGGGUUCUACUACAUUUGUUUCCAGAAGUCUAAGGCGACGAUUGAGGGCUACUAUUACCAUCGGAGCAGCGAAUGGUUUCAGUCGUUGAACUUAACACAUGUGCCUGAAAAUAGUAUACAAAUUUACGAAUUUAGGUGAAUUUCUUAUCAGUAAUUCAGUUCCCCGUUUGAUUUUUGAUCCGUUAAUCUCAUGCAUGCUCUCUUAGUGCAAAAAAUUAGUUGCAGUAUUUCUUUUGUUCACAUAAUCAAAAUGGAUGUUCUAGUUAGCAGUAUUCUGUGAUUUACACACAUUUAAUGUUUCGGUAGUUUGGCAUCGUUUCUUUCAAGUACUGAGUCACGACUGGGUAAAUGUACAUUUUAAUUUUUAAGUUUUAUCUGUAAAAACUUUCGUUGACAUCAUUUUAGAGUAAGUCAUUAUUGUUAUGUAUAUUGUGUAUAAAUGUAUUGAAUAUAUUUUUUUGAAUUGUUUUUA